AUGUGUCCGGAUCCUGCCCUAUCGAAAAUCUGCUUUGUCCGGGAACUGGGUCUUUUUCAAGGUUUUCUUUUUCCAUCAGUUGGAAGUGAAAUUCUGUGCAAGAUUUGGUGGAAAUAUGACUAUCUAUUGAACGUCCCGUUGGAGCUUCGAGGUCUUCAAGAAGUGUUAUCUGGCCUACGGAAUACAUUCGGGUUCAAGACGCUAUCCUUCCAGUUGAAAAGGUUGGGUUGCUGUAACUUCGCUAGAAAGUUUGGAACUAAACCAUACAGGAUGACUAUUGGCGAUAAGGAAAAAUGGACGGCUAAAAAAGUUCGUGAAACUUUUAUGAACUACUUCAAGGACCAGCAACACAGGUUUGUUCCAUCCUCACCUGUGAUUCCAUAUGACGAUCCCACGCUUUUGUUUGCUAACGCUGGUAUGAACCAGUAUAAGCCCAUCUUUCUUGGAACUGUCGAUCCAGCUUCUGAUUUUUACAGUUUGAAACGUGCCCACAAUUCUCAGAAGUGUAUUAGAGCUGGUGGUAAGCACAAUGAUUUGGAAGAUGUUGGCAGAGAUUCGUAUCACCACACGUUUUUUGAAAUGUUGGGUAAUUGGUCGUUUGGUGACUACUUUAAAAAGGAGGCCAUUCACUACGCAUGGGAGCUUCUAACCGACGUUUACGGCAUCCCGGCUGAUAGAUUGUAUGUUACAUACUUCGAAGGCGAUUCUAAGCAAAAUUUGGAAGCAGAUCUUGAGGCCCUCGAGCUGUGGAAGGCUGUUGGUGUGCCUGAGGACCACAUUUUGCCAGGGAACGCUAAGGACAACUUCUGGGAAAUGGGUGACCAAGGUCCAUGUGGUCCCUGCUCUGAAAUUCAUUACGAUAGAAUAGGAGGUAGAAAUGCUUCCGCUUUAGUUAAUCAGGAUGAUCCAGAUGUCUUGGAGGUUUGGAAUCUGGUUUUCAUGCAAUUUAACAGAGAGAAAGAUGGCUCUUUGAAGCCGCUUCCCGCUAAGCAUAUUGAUACUGGUAUGGGUUUUGAAAGAUUAGUGUCUGUUUUGCAAGAUUGCAGAUCUAAUUACGAUACCGAUGUGUUUUUGCCCUUGUUCUCUGGUAUUCAGGCAAUUACUGGUGCAAGAUCAUAUACCGGUAAAUUCGGCGCUGAAGAUGCAGAUGGGGUUGAUACGGCUUAUAGAGUCUUGGCGGACCACGUUCGUACUUUGACAUUCGCUCUCGCAGACGGUGGUGUUCCAAACAAUGAGGGAAGAGGCUACGUGCUGAGACGUAUCUUGAGAAGAGGUGCUCGUUAUGCUCGUAAGUAUAUGAACUACCCAAUCGGUGACUUUUUCUCUCGUCUGGCCCCUACUUUGAUCGAUCAGGUGAAGGACAUGUUCCCAGAGGUUGCUAAAGAUCCUUCAUUUUUGUUCGAAAUUCUGAACGAAGAAGAAGCUUCCUUCGCUAAAACUUUGGAUCGUGGUGAAAGGCUAUUCGAAAAGUAUGCUGAGGCCGCUGCUAAGUCUGGUACGAAAACGCUGGAUGGUAAGCAAGUUUGGAGACUAUACGAUACCUAUGGUUUCCCUGUUGAUUUAACUGAAUUGAUGGCAGAAGAAAAGGGCUUAUCCAUUGACGGACCAGGUUUCGAAAAGGCAAAGCAAGAAUCCUAUGAGGCUUCUAAGAGAGGUGGAAAGAAGGAUAACGGGGAUCUUUUGAAACUGAAUGUGCACGAAAUUUCUCAACUAAACGAUGAAAAGGUUGCAAAAACUGACGACAGCGCCAAAUAUGGUACAGAAAACAUUGAUGCUACUAUUCUGAAGCUAUUCGAUGGGUCUCGCUUCGUUGACGAGAUUUCUGAACCAGGUAAGAAAUACGGUGUUAUUCUUGACAAGACAUGUUUCUACGCUGAACAGGGUGGUCAGGAGUACGACCAGGGAAAGAUUGUUAUUGAUGAUGUGGCAGAAUUCAAUGUCGACAACGUACAACUUUACAACGGAUUUGUCUUCCACACGGGUACCCUUCUUGAGGGCAAACUCUCAGUUAACGACAAAAUCAUCGCUUCCUAUGACGAAUUGCGUCGUUUCCCAAUCAGAAACAACCACACUGGUACUCAUAUCCUCAAUUAUGGUCUUUUACAGACCUUGGGCACUGAAGUCGAUCAAAAAGGUUCAUUGGUUGCACCAGAGAAGCUAAGAUUCGAUUUUUCCCAUAAGAAGGCAUUGACCAUCGAUGAACUGCGCAAAGCCGAAGACAUCUGCAAUGAUCAAAUCAGGCAAAAUUUGAAGGUCUUUUACAAAGAUGUUCCUUUGGACUUGGCUAAAUCCAUCUACAACGUUCGGGCAGUUUUCGGUGAAACGUAUCCAGAUCCAGUGCGUGUCCUUUCUGUCGGUAAGUCUGUUGACGAGCUCUUGGAGAACCCAGCCAACGAGGAAUGGGGCAAGUACUCGAUCGAAUUCUGUGGUGGCACCCACGUUGCCAAGACUGGAGACAUCAAGGAAUUUGUCAUUUUGGAAGAAAGUGGUAUUGCUAAAGGUAUUAGAAGAAUCGUUGCGGUUACCGGCUCUGAAGCACACGAAGCUCAAAGAGUCGCUAAUGAUUUCGAUCUCGAGCUAGUUGCUGCUGAUAAACUACCGUUUUCGCCACUCAAGGAGAAGAAACUUAAGGAAUUAGGCGUCAGAUUGGGCCAGCUACCUAUCUCUGUCAUCAAGAAACAAGAGUUGCGAGACAGAUUCUCCAAGAUCGAAAAAGCAGUCAAGGAUGAGGUUAAAACAAGAGCUAAGAAGGAAACAAAACAAACGUUGGACACUGUGAAAGAGUAUUUUGCGGAGAACGAAUCAUCUCCCUUCUUCAUCAAGUUCAUUGAUAUCCCUACCAACGCUAAGGCGAUCACCGAAGCGAUUAACCACGUUAAAUCCUCACUCAAAGACAAAUCCAUAUAUUUAUUCACUGGUAACGAUCCAGAGGGCAGAGUUGCCCACGGCUGUUUCUUGUCAGAUGAUGCUUUAUCAAGUGGUAUAGAUGGUCCUUCUUUGAGCAAGAUAGUCACCUCUGCCAUCGGGGGAAAAGCUGGUGGUAAAGGUAACGUUUUCCAAGGAGUGGGUGACAAGCAAGAAGGUGUUGACAAGGCGAUUUCCGAACUACAAGCUCUUUUCAAGGAGAAGCUAAUUGUUUAG